GCUAGCGGCAUGUAAGACACUAGCAAGCUUCACCCGCGGAAAACAGGCCGCGCAUGCGCACAUCAAUGCGAAUUGGUCGCAUUUUUGUACGGCACGAUUAGUUUUGCAACGCUCCGCAAGCGUCAACAUCUUGCGGCGACCAAAAUGCCAGUGCAAGACCUGCUCUACGACUGGCAAGUAUGGUGCUACUUUGCAGUGCUCACCUGGGCGCUGCGCAAGCAGCUGACACGCACCUCUGCCAAACAAGCGAGCAUCGCUGCGGCGCUCGUCGCCGUCACCUGGUAUUACAUCUUACGCUACACGACGGCCUACAAGGCCCGGGGCGGCGACAAUCUCUUCGACGACGCCUACGCCGACGUGCUCCAGGCGCCGCACGAUCGUAACUCGUGCCAAUUGCUCACGUGGGUCGUCGUCGCGGCGCUCUGGUGCCGGCACGAGCCCGCGGAGCUCCUCUGGACGGGCAUGCUGGGCGCGAUGAGCGCCGCCUUCGCGCUGACGCCGCCGAGCUUUCAGAAGCGCUCGACGCGCGUGCCGCUCGCCUACGUCGUCUGCUCGGUCCUAGCGCUGCUCGCGGUCCAGAGGCUGCCCCAGCUCGCCGUGACCGACGCGGUCACCUUCGGUGUUGUCCUCAAGGCGCUGCACCUCCUGCUCGUCGCGCCGCGCUGGCUGCCGUCGUUCGGGCGGUCCUUCGACGAGGCCGGCGUCUACGCGGUGCUCGGCGUCCUUAUAGCCUGGAGACGAGACCGCGUCGCGUGCUGGCCGGCGACGGACUGCCAAAAAUCGAUCUUCGUGGACCUCGUCGCGUGCGCCGUGAUUUCGGCGGACGCCGUCCGCCGCGACCGCGGGCCGACGACGGCGGCGGUAUUCUGUGUGGCGUCCCUCGUAUUCUCGCCCGGAGCUGCUUUUGCGUUCUUCCUGGCGCUGCGAGCCGCGGCGGCGCGCGACGCCUACGAAGCGCCCGCCGAGGCUAAGCCGCUCGGUCGCGUCCUCGUCAUCGGGGCCGGCGCGUCGGGGCUCGCCGCGGCGAAGACGCUGCUGGAGAACGGCGCCGAGGUGGUGAUCGUCGAGAAGACGGGCCAGAUCGGCGGCGUCUUCGCCGACGCCUACGAGGGCGCGCACCAGGUCUCGAGCAAGUACAUCACACCCUUCUCCGACUUGAGGUUAGGUCCGGAGGUCGAGUCGCACCAGAGCCUCGACGACUACGUCGCGUACCUCCAUACCUAGUAGUCGACCUGUGUGGAAAUCAAAUUUCAGGCGCCCCACGCCAUCGACGCGACGUCGUCCCCGCAACUGCAUUUGCUUGAUGGCGUGGAGGUUCACGAAGGUCUCCGCAAUAAUCUCACUCACUGGUUGAUUUCCACACACAGCGCGGUCGAGCACGACCUCAUGCGGUACAUGCGGCACGCCACGGUCGAGGUCCUCGACAAAACGAGACGUGGCUACCGAGCGACACUGCUCGACGGGAGUCACAGGACCGUGGAGCCCUUUGAUCGCGUGGCAGUCUGCUCAGGUCUGCACCAAGAGCCGAAGGUCCCGGACAUCCCCGGCGCCUUCAAGGGUCUUGUGAUUCACUCGCAGGACUAUAAGGAGUCCUCGAUAUUCAAAAACAAGCGCGUCGUCGUCAUCUGUGUGGAAAUAAACCAGUGAGUUAGGUAUUGCGUGGACCUUCGUUAACCUCCACACCAUGGAACCGACGCGGUCACGGGGAAACGUCGCGUCGAUGGCCUGGGACCACGCCAUCGAGCAGAUGCAGCUAUUUAGGGAUACGGAGACGCGUUGAUGGCGUGGGGCGCCCGAAAUUUGAUUUCCACACAGGUCGUCGUCGGCUGCGGCGAGACAGCGUUCGACGUCGCGCACGCAGCCGCCGCAAACAAUGCAGCCCACGUCACGCUGGCGACGCGGCGAGGCUUCGUGAGCGUGCCGGCCUGUGUGGAAAAUCAACCAGUGUGUCGGGUGUAAUCUUCACCAAGUCAUUUCUCGGCGACGACGCUGCCCUGAGGACUGAAUCGAGUCGUGUAAGGCCCACACCGCCACGACAUCGACGCGACGCCGCCACGCCAUCGAGGUGGCGUCGCGUCGAUGGCGUAAGGUCAUGAUUCAGCACUGGCGGAGACGCGCCACGACAAUUUGAUUUCCACACAGGUGCCGGCGUCGUUUGGCGAGGACUUCGCGCCUUUGGAUUGUUUAAUUGCGAACGCCGGCACGCACUGCUGGGAGUCGAGCUGGUUGCGGCCUGUGAAUAAAUCAAAUUCUCGCGGCGCAAUCACGAUUCACUAUUUGAUUUGCGCACAGGUCGCGGCGUGUUGGUUUUCAUUGGUUCAUCACGACGAAAUUCCAGCGGCUUGGGAUGCUCUGCGUGAGCGGCUCGUCAGCCGGAUGGAACCAAUGGCGCGGCCGCGCCGACGCGAUGGACUGGGCGGAAGGGCGGAAACACAUCGUGAACAAGGCCACGAAGUCAUACCCUGUGCAGAGAUAGUUUCAAUGCACCUUCGUCGACCUCCACGACUCACUUGUUUGAUUUCCACACAGGUGCAUGCCCCUCAUCAACCGCGGCCCCAAGGAGGCGUGGUGGGCGCGGCCGUGGCGCUGGUUGGAUAAAGCGCAGGCGGACGUGGCCGUCGGCGUGAACCUGUGCGCAAAUCAAACAGUGAGUCGGUGGGUUCGCGUCGAUGGCGUGGAGGUCAUGUGUCGACGCGCCGCGAUAAUUUGAUUUAUGAACAGGUGUGGACCUGCUCGACCACUACGAGGCAGCUAGCUUUGGCGGGCGGGCGGUGCGCUUCCGGUCGACGCGGGCCGACGACCGUCACGACGUGGAAGUGGCCGCGGACGUCGUCGUCCUGGCGACGGGCUACAGGCAGACGUUCCCUUUUCUGAAGAGGGCGUCGGACGGCCGAGGCCUGUGUGGAAAUCAAAUUUCAGGCGCCCCACGCCAUCGACGCGGCGAAUAACCCAACUCACUGGUUGAUUUCCACACAGGCCAGGACGAUGCGCUGCCGACUGAGCAUUUCAUCUGCGACCCGGAGGAAGGUGACCUCGCGUUCUUCGGCUUCGCGCGACCGAACGUCGGCGCCAUCCCGCCGAUGAGCGAGUUGCAGGCCAUGUGGUGGGUGGCGAAGCUCCAGGGCCGCGCGACGGGGCCGCGCGUGCCGUCGGCGCCCUACAAACUGACGAAUUGCCGCCUGAGCUACGGCGUAUCGACACCUGUGUGCAAAUCAAAAUUUACGGCGUUGUUGAUUUCCACACACAGGUCGACUACGGCCUGUACAUGUUCUCGCUCGCGCGGGAGAUCGGCGCGGCGCCAAACCUCGCGCGAUGGAUCUUGGAAAGGCCGGCCGUGGCGCUCGCCUGCGCCUUCGGCCAGGCGCACGCGCCGUUGUUUAGAUUAGACGGGCCCUUCGCGCACGGCGACGCGCCAGACGUCUGCGCGACCGAGCUGCUCGAGCCCAUCCGCAAGCGCGGCGCCGCGAUGAACUGCAUCUUCGGCCUGACGCUGUGCUUCUUCGCGGCCGUGAACGCGUGCGCCGUCGUGGUCGAAGGCGUGGUCGAGUCGCUCUUCCCGCACGAGUAGACUUGUCUUGUACUAGUAAUUUCCCGGCGGGCUUCGCGGAUCUCUUCAAGUUCGCGGGAGAUACCACCAGCCUAGCCAGGAGCCUGUGGA